GACCCAGCAGUUCUAUUUCUGGGAAUUUACAACCAUGCAAUGGUAUUGAAAGCACCAUUGUUUACAAUGGAAGACUGGAAACCCAUUGUUCAUCAAUGGGAGUGUGAGUAGAUAAAACUUGGCCCGCCCACAUAGUGGAAUAGAAUGCAUCCAUUUAAUCCAUUUAAAAAAUGGGGAAGCUUUCCAGGUACGAGGUAAUUCCAGUCUCCAGAAUGUUUUUAAGUGAAAAAAAAAAGUGAAAUUCUAGGGCACCCGUGUUCCCCCGGAGAGUGCCGCAGUCACUGUGGCAGAGGCCAGCCUCUCAGGAGGCCUCAGCGUGGGGAGGUGGGAGGAGGACACUCAGACAGACCACUCUGGGACUUGAGACCUGCAGAGACUCUGGCCACGCAGCGUAGGCUGCUGGGGGCUCGAAUCUGCCGACGCCAAACUUCCCAACACUUUCCAGCCUGGUCAAGAGCCAACUCCUCUCUUUUUGAAGGAGCAAAUUAUCCCAAGUGAGGUUAGUGGGAAGGGAGGAGAGACAAAAGGAGGGAGGGACCGGGCCGAGGGUCAGCAACUGACCCUCCACCCAACCGCAAGGGCCGCAGCUGGGAACCUAGAGGGCCAUUAAGGCACCCCCAGCCCCGACAUCUCUCCAGACUCCCUUCAAGCCCUACCCAGGAUUGCUGUGGUUUUCCGCUGGCGCCUCUGGCCUCCACAGCCACGCCCCUCCCCCCCAACACGCUGCACUAAUGGCUCAGCCUGGGGCCCCAGGGACCUUCCCUGCCCUCCCCCCCAGACUGCUCUGCGGGCCCCCUUGCCCCCUCACUGCUGAAACCCAAUCCUCUGCGGCAGCCCUGGCUCCGCAGAGCAGCCUCCAGCAGAGCGGCCCCUGCCUCCCAAGUCGGCUGCGCCCUACCUGGCCUCUCCUGCCGAGCCCCCGGCCCUGCGCUGAGCCUAGUGGAGCCCCGGCUGGUUCCUUCGAGACAGCCGAGCCGAACCUGCCUGACCAGUGCCUUCCCGCUUCUUGGUUUGGGCCCCUCUCCCCACUCUCUCCUCCCCUCUCCUUCCCUGCAGUGACCCCUGCCCGGCCCCCCAAAUCCUCAGUCCCUCCCAGUCCUCGGACUGACCCUCUUUCCUCUCUCCAAGUCCCUGCAGCCUGAUCGCCAAUCCCCAGCCCUCUCAGUGUCCCCCACCCUGGACCUCAGCCAUGAAGCCCCAUCCUGGGCCAGAGGAGGCCCGGCGGCUAGCUUCGGACAUCCGCGUGUUCGCCAGCAGCUGCACGAUGCAUGGGCUGGGCCACGUCUUCGGCCCUGGGGGCCUGACGCCUCGCCGAGGGCUCUGGGCCGCAGCCGUGCUCCUGUCGCUGGCCGCCUUCCUCUACCAGGUGGCUGAGAGGGUGCGCUACUAUGGGGAGUUCCACCAUGAGACAGCCCUGGACGAGCGCGAAAGCCACCGGCUCACCUUCCCCGCCAUCACCCUGUGCAACAUCAACCCACUGCGCCGCUCGCGCCUCACGCCCAACGACCUGCACUGGGCCGGGCCCGCGCUGCUGGGCGUGGAGCCCGCUGAGCAUGCCGCCUUCCUGCGCGCCCUGGGCCGGCCCCCCGCGCCCCCCGGCUUCAUGCCCAGUCCCACCUUCGACAUGGCUCGACUGUACGCCAGGGCCGGACACGCCCUGGAGGAAAUGCUGCUGGAUUGCCGCUACAGAGGCUGGCCGUGCGGUCCCGAGAACUUCACCGUGAUCUUCACCCGGAUGGGUCAGUGCUACACCUUUAAUUCUGGCGCGGAUGGGGCAGAACUGCUCACCACUCCCAAGGGCGGCAUGGGCAACGGGCUGGAAAUCAUGCUGGAUGUGCAGCAGGAUGAGUAUCUGCCCGUGUGGAGGGACAUGGAGGAGACCCCGUUCGAGGUGGGGGUCCGAGUGCAGAUCCACAGCCAGGAGGAGCCGCCCACCAUCGACCAGCUGGGCUUCGGGGCAGCCCCCGGCUACCAGACCUUCGUGUCCUGCCAGCAACAGCGACUGAGCUUCCUGCCACCACCCUGGGGUGACUGCAGCUCCGCACCUCUGGACCCCGACUUUGAGCCGGAACCUUCUGGUCCCCUAGGUCCUCCCAGCCCCAGCCCAGGCCCCCAAGCCCCCUAUAGUCUGAUGGGGUGUCGCCUGGCCUGUGAGGCCCGCUAUGUGGCUCGAAAGUGUGGCUGCCGAAUGAUGCAUAUGCCAGGCGGGGCGCCAGUGUGCAGCCCCCAGCAAUACAAGGACUGCGCGGACCCGGCGCUGGACGCCAUGCUGCGGAAGGACGCGUGCACCUGCCCCAACCCCUGCGCCAGCACGCGCUACGCCAAGGAGCUCUCCAUGGUGCGGAUCCCGAGCCGCGCCGCCGCCCGCUACCUGGCCCGGAAACACAACCGCAGCGAGGCCUACAUCGUAGAGAACGUGCUCGUGCUGGACAUCUUCUUUGAGGCCCUCAACUAUGAGACCGUGGAGCAGAAAAAGGCCUAUGAAGUGUCAGAACUGCUCGGUGUGUGUGUGUGUGUGUGUGUGUGUGUGUGUGUGUGUGCGCGUGCACGCGCGUAUCCAGGUCAUCCAGAAGUCUGGGGAGGUGUGGGCUUGGCAGGUGGCUGUGAGCUGAUGGGUAACCUGGUCUCCACAGGCGACAUUGGGGGCCAGAUGGGGCUGUUCAUCGGGGCCAGCCUGCUCACCAUCCUUGAGAUCCUGGACUACCUCUGUGAGGUGUUCCAAGACAGGGUCCUGGGAUACUUCUGGAACCGGAAGCACUCCCAAAGGCACUCUAGCACCAAUCUGCUUCAGGAAGGGCUGGGCAGCCAUGGAACCCAAGUUCCCCACCUCAGCCUGGGCCCCAGGCCCCCCACCCCUCCCUGUGCCGUCACCAAGACUCUGUCUGCCUCCCACCGCACCUGCUACCUCGUCACACGGCUCUAGACCUGGCAUCUGUGUCUUCCGGGCUGCACCUUGACAUCUUGGACGGGCCCAGCCUGCACAUGUCUCUGCCCUCUUCACCCCAAAUAAAGUUCUAG